AUGAAUAUGAGUGGAAGCAGUAAAUUUGAUUGGCUUUUAUCAUCGUUAACGCCUAAUGAAUCUCAAGUCCCCUCAACGGCCGAAAUAAUUCAAAAGUGUCUGUCUGUGAAUCCUUUUGAUUUGAAAUUUCGAGAAGCAAACCAACAAAUUAGUAGUAGUGGACAGCCAGGCAGUAUUGGAGAUUCACAACUAGUUGGGACAUCGGGAAAUUUACCGGCGACUUCAGUUUUGUCUUCAGUUCUCAACUUGCCCCCAUCCAUUUCGUCAACUCAUUCUCCUGGAAUUUUUUCAAAUAUUAAUGUUCUCACGGCUGAUAUUGAAGGAGAAAUUCGUAAAACUAUUGAUCUAUCUAGAAAAGUUCAACAGCUUCGAGAAAAUGGAUUGUUAAGCAAACAAGAUGAUAAUCAACAACUAAAGACGCCGUGUACUUCUGAUGUUUUAAAUGCUGUCCUAGAUAUGAGCUCUACCCACCAAAUUGGAAGUGGUCAAUCUUCUCCUUUUAUCCCGUCAACAUCUCUAAUAGCUGCAAGCCUUUCUGGUCUUAAAGCUGCUCUUAAUUCUACAAUAGCUAAUUCAGGAAUUCCCACCAACAAUAAUCCUCUCCCUCAACAACAACAAAAUAAUUUAAUUCCAACAAGUUCAAUUCCAAAUUUAAAAAUUGAAGCAAAUAAUAUCUCUUUAAAUAUUGGAGGUGGAUUGGAUGGGAGCUUCACACCUAUAGGUACUUAUUUAAUAUUGUCCCUUUUUGAGUAUCAGAUUAAUUCUUGUAUUAUUUCUGCCAUUUCAGUUUUACUUAACUUAUCUUUUACUUGCAAGGAAGGAACCAUUCUUUAA